GGUCGGCCGAGCUGGGCCCCGGCAGCUGAAGACGGAGCCAUGAGCGGAAGGGCCUGAGCUCGGCUCCCAGCUUUAGCCUCGCACCCACUGCGGCGGCGGCGGCGGCGGCCCGGGAGCUGGGGCUGAGCCCUGAGCGCCGCCGGCCCGCCGGCCCGGACAGCCGCGGGGAGGGCAGGAAAUCAAACGGUACCAGAUCUUUGGAAAACUACGUGGCACUGCAUCAUGAGUGACAAUAAAUGUGAUAGUCAUUUUUAUAGUGUGCAAGUUGCAGAUUCAACUUUCACAGUACUAAAACGUUACCAGCAAUUAAAACCAAUAGGAUCUGGAGCUCAGGGAAUUGUUUGUGCUGCUUUUGAUACAGUUGUUGGGAUAAAUGUUGCUGUCAAGAAAUUAAGUCGACCAUUUCAGAAUCAAACUCAUGCAAAGAGAGCUUAUCGUGAACUCGUUCUGUUAAAAUGUGUCAAUCAUAAAAAUAUAAUUAGCUUGUUGAAUGUGUUCACACCACAAAAAUCUCUAGAAGAAUUUCAAGAUGUGUAUUUGGUCAUGGAAUUAAUGGAUGCUAAUUUAUGCCAAGUGAUUCAUAUGGAAUUGGACCAUGAAAGAAUGUCUUACCUUCUUUAUCAGAUGCUUUGUGGUAUUAAACAUCUCCAUUCAGCUGGUAUAAUACACCGAGAUUUGAAACCCAGCAACAUAGUAGUAAAAUCAGAUUGUACGCUCAAGAUCCUUGAUUUUGGCCUGGCACGGACAGCAUGUACUAAUUUUAUGAUGACUCCAUAUGUAGUCACACGCUAUUAUAGAGCACCUGAAGUUAUCUUGGGGAUGGGAUACAAAGAAAAUGUGGAUAUCUGGUCUGUUGGGUGCAUUAUGGCAGAAAUGGUCCUUCAUAAAGUCCUGUUCCCAGGAAGAGACUAUAUUGAUCAGUGGAAUAAAGUUAUUGAGCAGUUAGGAACACCAUCAUCAGACUUUAUGAAGAAAUUACAACCAACUGUGAGAAAUUAUGUAGAAAACAGGCCGAAAUAUCCUGGUAUCAAAUUUGAAGAGCUUUUCCCUGAUUGGAUAUUCCCAUCAGAAUCUGAACGAGAUAAACUGAAAACAAGUCAAGCUAGAGAUUUGUUAUCAAAAAUGCUCGUGAUAGAUCCUGACAAGCGAAUCUCUGUUGAUGAAGCUUUGCGUCAUCCCUAUAUUACUGUUUGGUAUGACCCUGCUGAAGCAGAGGCACCACCACCUCAAAUUUAUGAUGCCCAGUUAGAAGAACGAGAACAUGCUAUUGAAGAAUGGAAAGAACUAAUAUACAAAGAAGUAAUGGACUGGGAAGAAAGAAGCAAGAAUGGUGUGGUAAAAGAUCAGCCUUCAGAUGCAGCAGUAAAUAGCAACACCACUCCUUCUCAGUCCUCAUCUAUCAAUGACAUUUCAUCCAUGUCAACAGAGCAGACGUUGGCUUCAGACACAGAUAGCAGCCUGGAUGCCUUGACAGGACCCAUUGAAGGUUGUCGAUGAUAAGUUAAAAAUUGCAAACUUGCAAUUGGAAAAGAACUCUUGAUUCCAUGCUUGUAAGUUCAUGGAACCAAGCAGGAAAACUCCAUGUUCUGCAUGUCCUAGUCAGUGCAAUGCCUGUGUUCUUACUCAGCUGUAAUUUGAUUGCCUGCUUGAUGUUAUAAAAAUGAAAGCAACGCAAUGUCUGACAAAAAAAUUCACAAGCCAAUCAUAGAAUAUUUCAGGUGAGCAAUUAUAGUAGUUGGGGGGAAAAGAUGAUUGUGAUAUCAGCAGUGACCAUGUGUCUUUAGCAAACUUCUGGACUGAACAAACAUGUGCCACCAGAAGCUUGCUUUAUUUAUUUAGCUUUGCUUUUUGGCCUGUCUUGCAUUCAGAAAUGUGGUGUGUAAAAGUCCAGUGAUGCUCCACACAGUGUAUUUUUUCAAGCCGUUUCUUAUUCCUCCUGAGUAAUGUGGUGUCUACGGUAGAAGAAAUAAAUAGUCCUCUGAGAUGAUUACACUAUUAUUUCCUAUUUUGCUCUCUAUCAUAGUAUGCUUCAUUCUAUAGCUUUUUUUCUUUCAGGAGAACAGGCAUUUUAAAAGUAUAUGUUUAGUAAUAAAAAAGGCAGUUGCUUUCCAUGAAUUAAUGGCAUUCAAGGCUGAAGAUGAAUUAUUGUAAUAUAUAUGUAUACAUAUAUAUGUUGAUGUUGACCACUACUCAAGCAAAAAUAUUUACAAGGACAUUUGUUCUUCUUAAAUUGCUCUGUCCUGUGUUAAUGUGUAAAUUUGACUUUUCAGUAUGCCAAAGGAUGUUUUGUUACAUGCAAAGUCGCAUCUGACUUAAAAGCCUGUCCGUUUAACUUGCCCCUGAUCUAUUAGUACUCUAGAUAUCUUAGUUUGCAGUGCUUUAAGGAGCCUCAUGUCUCCCAAUAAAUGUAUUGUUACAGUUACUCAUAAUCCAUGGCACAUGGAUUCUUAAAUUCGUUAUCUUCAUCACUGAUAGAGUAGAUUUUUGCAAAAUUCUGGCAGGGUGGGCAGAGUGCUGGACGAUGUGGUUCCCAGUUCUCCUCUGAUGCUUAAUAGGCACACACUUGACUGGGGGCAAGUCACUUAAUAUCCUUGAACCUCAGUUUCUUUACCUGUUAAAAGAAAAUAAUUUACAUAGUACAUGUCUCACAGGGUUGUCUCCAGGCUCAAACAUGAUCAUGUAUGGAAGAUGUGUUGCAGAUUUUAAAGUAAUACAAUUAUCCUCUUAUGUGAAAAGUCAAAUUGAUCAUUAAUUUGAAGUUAAUAGUGGUUUCUAUUCUAAAUUAAGAAAAACAUUGAUUAUGACCCCUAAUUCAUAUUUUAUCUGUUUUUAAAUGGAAGAUGCUUAAAAUAUUUUUUAGAAACUUCUGGCUUUUUUUUUUUACUUUUCUGAAGGGUCCUGGGAGUACUCUUUUUUUUAAAACUAGCAAAUUAGUUUUUGAAGUAUGACUUUGGGAUUUGAGGGGGCACGCUGAACUACAGUUAAUAAAUAAACUGAUAAGAGAUUUGUAACUUGUAAUUAAACUGCUCACCUGAAAGAGAUACUUUGAAUAUUAUUCAUGUGUUUUUAUAUAUGUAUACAUAUACGUACAUAUAUAUAUAUAUAUAUCUCAAAGUUCAUUAAGACACUGAGUAUCUAAAUGGCAUUGCAGAAAUGGAGUCAGUUAAAACAAUUGCAUUUCAACUAUGUUGCUCAUAAUUUUUCCCCCUCAAGAGCUUAUUUUUACAGACUAAUAUCUUGUUUUUAGUCGUUUUGGAAGCUGUUUGGACUGAACAUUCAGUAGAAUGUGUUUUGAGGAAGUAUUUUAAUAAGAAAAGGUCUGUUAUAAAUACUAUACAAAAAUGAGGUUUUGUCUACACCAGUUAAGUCAUAUGGUUGGUCUUAUCACUGGAAACUGGAGCCUUUGGUGGACAAGAAAGCAAACUUACAUGAAUCUCUGAAAUCAUUUAUUCUGUAUUGAAUGUUACAAACCAGACAAAUUCAGCUAAGAAAUAAACACUUUGGUGACUCUAGGAUUCCAGCAGAAAUACCCAUUAUAAAAAUUAAUCGUCAGUUGUUCUUAAUGUGUUUGAGGGGGGAAAAAAGGAUAUCACUAUGCAUAUUAAGAUGGCCCUUUCUUUAACAUUUAUUGUGAAGAGCAACAAAUCCACCAUGCCUAUAUUUCUCUUUUUUUUAAUGCACUUUAAAAAAAAUUGAUGAUACUUUGGUAACUUUUCUGCUUUGGAAGUUUGUCUGAACAGAAGCACCCUGAAGCUUAAGAGGGUACUUCCUCCUGUUCUACCAAAGGAUAUUUGUGAGUGGAAUCCAUUGUAACUUGUCCAUAAAUUACCCUGCUGACCAUUUAUUUUCAGGUGCAAUUCCAGAUGUUCAUUUUCAUUGACAAAGCGUAGUAUGAUUUGUAUAAUGAUUACUGUUGGCACCAUCUUUCUUCUUAUAUGUUACCAUUGCAGUAGAAUUCUGUGAAUUUGCUCUACGUGACAGAUCUAAGACUUUUAAGACCCCAUGCUGGAGGUGGAGGCAACAUGUUUUUCAGAAUGAUACCUCACUGCAGUUUUAGAAUUCCUGUCCUUAACCCCUGGGCUGGCUGACCUUUUGGUUCUCAUACAAUGUGAAUUGUUCUAGUUUGACCUUUCUUGACAGUUACUAAAGUUGGAUAGAAUAUUACAAAUUUUGCAUGUCUUUUUCAUCUUUGCUGUUUGUCUUGUUUAAGUAACCCUUUGGGGAGUGCAUUCAUAUAACCCAGAUAACUUAGAAGAAUCUUGAAAUUGGAAAUUUGGGCUUUUUUAUUGGCUCAGGUUUUAGUCCAAGAGAAAAGUGGUUCUGUUCUGAUUUCACAUGCCAGUUCCCAAGCAUGGAAAGCUCUCAGAGCACCGUGGCAGGUCAGCUCAACAAACAUCAAGUGUGGACCAUGUGCAGGGCACAAAUGUAGGCACAAGAGGUACAAAGAUGAAAUAAGACAGAGGUGCCUUCCUUCAAGAAGUUUAGGAUGUAGCAAGGGCUGGAGAAAUCUGAAACACUGAUUAGUUUUUUUAAUAGCAGUUCUUCUUGGCCCUGAUCAUUGGCAUGUAAAUUUCAGAGGAGCAAUAAUGGAAUAACAGCUAAGGGAGAAAACUCUAUGGAAUAUUGAGUGUAACCUUGGUUUAAUCAAGGCUUAAUGUUGUCCUUUGUGACAAAUUCAUCUGGGUAACUCAUGUGAUAACUACACUAAGUAUGGUCACAGCCACUCAUGACCAAAUAUACGUUCUGGUGAUUAAUAAAUAUGAUCUUUAAGAUCACACAUCCCAAAAUUAAAUAGAUUUAUCUAAGUUUUUAUCAUUUAAAAAAAAUGUCUAUCCAUUUGGAUCAGUGAAAAUUCCUGAGGCCAAAUUUUCAAUUACGGUCCCUUUAUUUGUACCUGUAUCGAAAGGUAAUAGAUGGAAAAUUGCAGCAGCAGAUUGUGACUUCUUAGAUUUGCAAACAUACACUCACUCACAGACACAACGUGUAGGGCCUCCCUCACCCCAGGUGAAGCCUCCUUAAAAGAUUGUGACCAAUGGAAUGCUUGUUAGCUGUCAUUUGUGUUUAGGUCUUGCUGCUUAAAAAUCCUAAUGGUGCUUGCAGUUUUGCACAUGAACCAUUUCAUUCAUUGAGGUACUUUAGGAUGCUUAUAAUAUAGCAUCAUAGGCUUGGAAGGUUCCUCUUUCUUAUAGCUAAAAAGCAAAACUAUCCCUGAUCAUCCCAGAUAAGUGAGUAUAGUAUCAAUCUUAUUUUAAAUAUAUAGGGGAAAAGGAUCUAAUAUAAGCAUGACUUUGAUUUCUCCCUUAUUGCCAUCUUACCUAUCCCAUUUUAAAUUUAGCAAAUAGUUAUUUUCACUUGCAUAUUUAAGAGUCCAAUUCUGGUCUUUUAUUUAAACCAUACUUUUUUUUUCAUUUAAAAAAAUUAAUCUAAAAAUUAACUACUUGAUCCUGUCCAGAAGACUUUCUGAUCAUGUAUGAUGAAUUUAAGCACUAGUUUCCUAGUUGUUACUAAUUGUAUUUUGCAAAAAUAUAAUUAUAGACUUUAGAAAACCAUUAUGUUGUUAAAGAUAGUUUCCUUGAUUUUCAGAAAGGAAUGUAGAGCUACUGUAUAUCUCCCUGUUAGUUUCUGUCAUAGUUCCUAUGUUUUUUGUAUAUACUAAUUAGGUCAUGGCUGCCACUUUUCCUUGGGAAAUUUUAAAAGAGAGGCUUUAAAUAUAGAUGUGGUCAUUUUCUUUCAUUGUGCAUAGAGAGAAUGCAGGUUAGAUGGUGACACAGUAGCUGUUAACUGGCUUUUUCUUGGUCAGAGAAACUUAGGGGCUGGGAAGGACCUUAAGUCAUCUGAUUCAAACCCUUCAUUUUAUAGAUAAGGACACUCAAGCCCUGAGAUGAAAUUAUUUCAAUACAAGACCACAUAUCUGGUUAAAUCUUGGCAGAACCAGAACUAGAGCACAGAUCUAUUGAUUUUCUGCUUAGGGCUCUUUCAAUUGAGCUACCAUGCAGCCUUUCAUUCUUAUGGCUCCAUGGAAUGGCUGUUUCUGAGGUAUUUGAUGUUCAUACCAGAGGCAAGACAGAAAGUUUAUUAGAACAUCCUAACUUCAUUUUAUACUACUUCUCCCCUCUGCAUCUUUCUCAUCUUAAAGUACAAGGGAGAUUUUCAGAGUCCUUAUUCUACACCUCAGGGCCAGCUGGGGUUCUUAUUGAAGAGCGAAGGAAAGAAAGAAACUCACUACAGGUCAGAUGUUCCCCUUUCCUUUCACCUUUCCUGUCUGUUAUUUAGUAACAAGUUUGCAAGGGGACAGACUUUAAUUUAACAUUAGAGCUUCACAAAAACAUGAAUGAAACAAGGUGUUAGCUAUAUAUUUAAGGACCAUGUUCAUUAUGGGUUUUUGACUAGCUAGAAUAUAUAAUUUAUUCUUCACUUAAUCACUUUAAACUUAUGAUGCUCUCCUAAGAAUGUUAUCUUCUCUACUCCUCCAAAACUUACCCAUAUUUCAUCCUUGAUUCCAUUGAAAAUGGUAUGCCUUUGUCUUUGUGCUGCAUAUUUGGAUUUCAUAGAAUCUCGGAGUUGGAAGAUACCUCAGAGGUCAUCUAAUCCAGUCUAUAAUUAAACAAGAAUCCCCUGUAUUAUGUCCUCAGUAAUGGGCCAUCUACCCUCUAUUUGAACAUUUCCAGUGACUGAGACUCCCUACCUCACAAGCCAGCCCAUUCCAGUUUUCAGUGAUUCUACUUGUUCUAGAUAUGUUGAGCUAAAAUUUGCUUUUCCAUAACUUCCACCCAGUGAUUCUGAUUCUGCCGUUUGGAGCUGCAUAGAAUUAAGAACCAUCCCUCUUCCAUUUGAGAGCCCUCCAGGUAUUUGAAGAAAUGCAAUACUUACUUCCUUUCCUUAAGCCAUUCUUCAUAUGACUUGAUUAUAUCCCACUUAAUUACAUCCAUUAUAUCCUGGUUGACUUUCUCUUGAUGCACUUCAUUUUUUGUCAGUGUCCUUCUUAAAAUGUGGCACCAGAAGCUGAAACAGUCCUUCAGUUGUGGUCUGAAUAGUUUAGAGUUUAGCAAGACUCCCUUGUUCUGAACCCUAUACGUAUAGUAAUAAAGAUCCUAAGGUUGUUUGUAGCUUUUUUUGGCAGCCAUAUCACUGUUGACUCAUAUUGAGCUUGCAAUUAUCUGAAACCGCAGUUCUUUUUUAAUGUGAAAUUAUGUUAAGCCUCGUCUAAGUGCAGAACGUUUAAUUUGUGAACCCAUUCUUCCAUCCUAAUGGAAUAGUUUUGGGUCAUAUGUCUCAACUACCAUUUUAUCUCCCUCCCAAAUUUGUGGAUGAUUUAUCUAUCCAUAGAUUUGGUGAGCAUGCUAUCCUUUGUCUUCACCCGAGUCAGGAUAAAAAUGUUGAACUAAGUAAAGCUGGAGACAGUGUCCUAUUUCUGUGAUUCAUAUUCUGUGAUAAUACCCUGAGGCACAUUACUAAAAACCUCCCUUGAAGUUGAUGUUGAUUCAUUAAUCAACAUUUUUUUGCUUACAGUAGUCUAGCCAGCUAACCUUAAUACAGUCACCUAACCCACAUUCUUCCAUUUUAUCCACAAAGGUAUCUUGAGGCCUUUUGUCAGAAAUCUUACUGAGAUAUACACACACACACAUAUACACAUACACAUACAUACAUGCAUGUAUAUGUGUAUAUACCUACAUGGAUAUCUGUUCCCUAAUUCCCAAUCUAAUAAACCUAUUUGAAAAAUAAGAUGAGGUUAGUUUGACAUAAGUGCUUCUUAGAAUCCAAGUUUGGUCCUGGGAAAUCAUUGCUUCCUUCUUUUUUUUUGGUUGAGGCAGGGAGCACCAGCUUUUACUUUAGUGUCACAGUCUGCUUUGGCUUUGUCCUGUGUAUAAAAUGAACAUUGUUGUUGAAUAGUUCAGCUCAUCCCAAUGUAUUUUAAUCAGUGAGCAAAUUCUGGGGGUGAUAAGGAGCAGGACAGAUAUAAUAUUAAGUCCUAAUACCACUAAUUUGUAUUCAGCAUUUUUUACUUUAUUUUGGUUACACUUUGUGAUUUCAAAAGGAAUGAUGUGUGCUUUGAAGUCUGUAAUCCCUGUAAAGUUACAUGAAGUGGCUUACAUUGCCCAUUCCAUUGGGCUUCGUUGAUGCCGCCCUUUUGUCCCUCUUGUUGCCUGUUCAGUACAAAAAUGUUUUAUGUGAUGGCCUUGACGAUUUUGUCUCAUGCUGGAUAUAAUUUCAAGAAGUUUUACCACUUAAGACACAUUGUUUUUUACUGAUGGCAGUUGUAUUUCCUUGUUUUCAUUUGAUUUUAAAGUAGGCUAGCGUUUCAUAAAGAAUGUUGUCAAUAGUUAAGUUUGAACUGCUAGCUAUAUCAUAUGAAAUUUUAUUUCUUAAAAGCCUUUUUAAAGAAGUAAAUUAUCUUACUAAAAACACUGUAAAAAAAAUAAAUAUUUGAAUGGCAAACA